AUGCGCGCUGUGGUAGCGGCGGGCGCCGCAGUGGCGGCGCAGUCUCCGCCUGGAGGAUCUGCGCUCCCCGGCGACGCCUCCCCGUCCGCGCCGUUCGUCUUCCGCGCGGGUCAAGAUGUUUCAGCAGAGCCAACAAAGUCAACGGCUCUACUGGGUGGCUCGACGGGUGCUCUCCAUUCAUUGGCUCUCUCUCUCACACGCACGCUCGAACGAUGGGUGCUGCAGCAGCGGCAGCAACGGUUGCUGCUGCAGCAGCAGCAACAGCAGCAGCAGCAGCACGGGAUACCCGGCGGGCUUGUUACUGGAGAUGGUAAUGCUGCUAGCGGGGAGGCGCAUAGCGCGGAUGUCAAUAGCGGGGGGAGGGGCAGCGGGGCAGGGGAGAAGGAUACAGGAGUUGGCGGGGGUGCUGGGAGUGUGGGAGGCGGUAAGAACGGACAGGGGGAACAUAGCUGGAGAGACGAGAAGGCCGAAGGCCUUGAGUCGUUAAAGGAGAUGCUUAUAGCGAUGCUAAGGGAGCAGCAGCAGGGACAGCGGGACGAUCUGACAAGCAGUCGAGAUUCGGGAGAGGCGGGUACGUUUUCUCCAGGAGGGAGAGGAGGAGAGUGCGGGAGGGAGGAGGAGGUGAGGAGCGGAAUAUCGGGAGAUGGAGACGGCGGAGACUGCGCAAGAGUGGAGCAGUUUUAUCGGCUGGGGGAAGAGGUGGGGCGAGGGCAUUUCGGCGUGGUGCGCGUGUGUUGGGAUGCGGAGACGGGGGAGCAGUUUGCGUGCAAGUCCGUGCUUCUAUCGAAUGUCAAGCGGCAGGAGGACGUGAACGAGUUGCGCGCGGAGAUCUGCAUGCUGCUGCGCCUGCGCGGGCACGAGCACAUUGUCUCGUUGCGCGAGGUCGUCGUCGACGCCGCGACCGCCGCCGUGCACGUUAUAACGGAGCACUGCGAGGGCGGCGACCUGUUCGAGUUUAUAGCGCGGAAAAAGCGGCUCGGCGAGCGCGAAGCCGCGCUGAUGCUGCGGCAGGUCGUGGAGGGGGAAGGGGAAGGUGCGGAAGGGGAGUCGGGGGAGGCGGGGGAGGCGGGGGAAAGGCGGCGGGUGAAAGUCGCGGAUUUCGGGUUAUCCCUGGUGCUGCAGCGGGGGCAGCAGGUGCGCGGACUGGCGGGAAGCCCCUUCUACAUGGCUCCGGAAAUCGUCAAGCAUCAGACGUACGGGUUCGCCGUAGACGUGUGGAGUUUAGGCGUCGUUCUAUACACCGCGUUAGCCGGCAUUCUGCCGUUUUACGGGAAGGACCACGCGACGAUCUUCGGCGCGAUCUGCCGCGCGCAGCCGGAUCUGACGCGGUACCCGUGGGGCGCGGUGAGCGGGGAGGCGAAGCACCUGGUGCGGCGCAUGCUGUGCGCGACGCCGCAGGGGCGCAUUCCGCUCGCGCAGGUGCUCCUGCACCCGUGGAUGGUGCGCCACAACCCGCACGCGCGUGCGCAGGCGCAGGCGCACGGGGCGUGCGCGCAGGAGGUUGCCGCAAGGAGCGGGCCUGUUGCUGCGGCGCUCGUGGCGGACGUGCCGCCUGGAACCAUACCACGUGCUACGUUGCCGGUCGGUACUGUGUCGCGUGCCCAUGCCGCCGUGCCCUCUCAGCAUGCGAUGCCUGCUCAUGCGGCCGCGCCUCCUGCUGCUGCUGCUGCUGCUGCUGCUGCCGCGCCUGCGGCCGUGCGUGCUUCUGGUGUUUCUUCUGUGAAGCGGGACGAGGGGGAGGAGAGGGAGAGGGAGAAGUUGAGAACAGUAGGCUGGGACUCCGCAGCAGGGGAAAGCAGCGCAGCAGGGGGAAGGGCACCAGGGGGAAGGGAAUUGGGAAGAGAAGGGGGAAGGGAUGGGCGGAGAGAAGACGCGUGGGGGGAAGGACUGGGGGGGAUGGAGAGUGCGCCAAACUCCCCUUAUCUUCCCCGUGUUGCCCCAUCCUCCCCUUACUCCCCCAUCGCCUCCCCUGCGGCCUCCCCCUUUUCUCGCCCCAUGCGCUACCGCGACCGCUUCGCCCAGGUGCAUCCUGGCCCUGACUCUGCCUCCCCUCCCUCCACUGCCUCUCCUUCCAUUCCUUCUCCCUCCACUGACCUUCCUCUCUCUGCAUCUCCUCACACCAUUGUCCCCCAUCUCACGGCCUCCCAUCCUCUCACAGCCUCCCCUCUCACGACCUCCCAUCCCACUGCUGCUGCUCCUGCUUCCUCACCUCAUACCAGUGCCUCCUCUUUUACUGCCUCCCCUCUCACUGCCUCCCCUCUCACUGCCUCCCUUCUCACUGCCUCUCCUCCUACUGCUACUCCUUCCUCCUCCUCCCCUCAUAGCACCACUGCCCUUUAUCCCGGAAAUGCUGCUUCUCCCAUCACCUUCGCUCCUCCACCACUUCUCUCCCAGCCAUCCUCGCCCCGAUUCCGCUCCCGGUCCCCUCACUCCCCGCGGGUAUCUCCCAUCACUGCCGCCCUUGCUGCAACCAGAGCAACAGAGGCAUCAACCAGAACAGUUGGUUUUUCCCCUCUCGGGGUUGCUCCUGCUGCUGCUGCUACUUCUGCCGCCCCUCCUCCUCCUCCUCCUCCUCCUCCUCCCUCUGCUGCUGCUGCUCCUCCCCCUACUGCUCCUGCUGUGCACAUUCCUUCGCAAUUCCAUACGCAUCUCCCUCCCACCACGCCUCCUCCCUAUCCUGCUCUCCACUCGUCACCUGUUUCUGCUGCCUCUAUACCUUCGCCUGCCUUGUAUCUUCCUCCUCCUCCAACAGUCCCCCCUCCUGCCAUCUCCCCGUACAACAGCCCUACACCCUGCUCCAGUAGCUUCUCAGUGCCUUCCUGUAAGGCACUCCCCACUGGAUUGUUCACUGUGCAUACUCUCCCUUCACCCAUCGCCACGCCAGCUGCUGUCAUGCCGUUUUUUGAGGCACCGCAAACGACAGCGCACACUCUCCCCUCACCCGCUGCCACGCCAGCUGCUGUCGUGCCACCUCCUGUUAUGCCUCCUACCACCACGGCCCACACGCUCUUGAAGUUUGAAGAGUAG